CCUGUGAAAUAGGAAUGAAGUGUCUGUGAGGCUGAAUUCUGAGAAUAGGGCAAAAUUGGCUAGUUAUUAUCCAGAGCCAGUUUAUAGUCACGUGUUCAUAUUUUGCUGUAUCUGCCUAGCUACGAAUAGGGUUGCUCCACAGCAAUAAAUGGGACAUCUAAUACAUGGAAACAAAGUAAGCUAUAAAGGUUGGGAAAGAAUUGUGGAAUGCAUACUCUUAGAAAACUUCCCAAAUGAAGUCUGUGAGACCUGAGGCAAUGGAGACUUUACCUGAACUCUAUGAUGUCUUCCAAGGAGAGGUUGCUGCUGUAACAGAAUAUGGGGCAUUUAUAAAAAUUCCAGGCUGCAGGAAACAAGGCCUUGUCCAUAAAAGCCACAUGUCAGCCUGCCGAGUGGACAAACCAUCUGAGAUGGUAGAUGUUGGAGACAAAGUAUGGGUGAAGCUUAUUGGAAGAGAGAUGAAAGAUGACAAGUUGAAGCUGUCUCUUUCCAUGAAGGUCGUCAACCAAGGAACAGGAAAGGACCUUGAUCCAAAUAAUGUUGCCCUUGAUCAGGAUGAGCGGAAGAAACGUUCAUUCAGAGACUACACUAGUCAGAAGAUUACUCUGGAAGCUGUGUUAAACACUGUCUGCAAGAAAUGUGGUUGCAAAGGUCAUUUUGCCAAAGAGUGUUUUAUGCAGCCUGGGGGAACCAAGUACACUCUGAUACCGGAGGAGGAGGAGGAAGAGAAAGCAGCCAAAUAUGAACAUGAUAAAAAAUCAAGCCACGCUGAGAAUUCUUCAAAGAAAAGAAAAAAGGAAAAGAAGAAGAAAAAGAAACACAAGAGCAAGAAGUCGUCCGAGUCUGACCAUUCAGACAGCUCCGACUCGGAUAGUGAUGGGGCUCAACCAGCCAGCAAGAGGGCCAAGCACUCGGAGAAAGCUAGUAAGCCCCCGAAGAGGAAAAAGAAGAAGAAGCACAAGAAGAAGCACAAGGAAUGAGGAGAAGGGGUGCUAGAAAGGAGCACUGGUGUUGUCAGCUCCCUGCCUGCCUGCUCUAGCCUUCCUGAGUAAGCUCCCUGGAGCGUGGGGCGGGUUCGUCGAUACGCCCUUGUUAGGGAUGAAGAGCUUCCUUCUAAAAGCAGCAUUCAGUCAUUGAGCUUAACGAUGUUGACUUGGAAAUUAAUGAUCCACUGUAGAAUUACCCAGCCUGCCACUCUUCUCGGCUGAGAGGCCAGUGGCGGAGCCUGCCAAGAGAGAUUAAUUGCACCCAUUCACCAGUGAGUCUCCAACCCUUGGAGUGAGCUGCCAUUGCUGCCCAGUUCCUUUGGAGUAGCAAGGAGUGUGCAGCUCAGCCGCCGUAUAGCAUGUGCCAGUCAAAGGGUGGCAGCUGUGCCACUGUGGUGCCUGCCAAACAUUAGGAGCCACUCAUGCCCCAAUUAGCUGAUUGUCUAGUCAUGGGCACAGCCUCCCUGCUGACUGAGACAGACCCGAGUCCUGCUCUGUGCCCAGCUUUUGUGCAGUGUUGCUACGUGGCUCGGUGAGGAGUUUUCUUACUGAUGCAGUGAUACGGACUCAGUUAUUCCAUAUAAAUGUCCUUGCCAGAGGUACCAAUUCCAGGGAUGCUCUGGGGCUGAAGCACCUAGAGAAAAAAAAUAGUGGGUGCUCAGCAUCCAGUGGCAGCCCUGCAGCUCAGCUCCUCCAUCACCCUCCCUCCAUUGCCUCCUGGCCUCUGGGGCCCUGCUGAUCAGCACCCCCAUCUCUCCCAGCACCUCCUGCCUACUGAGAUCAGCUGUUCAGUGGGGUGCUAGGGGUGGGAGAAGGCGGGGCAGGGCCUGCGGCAAAGCAGGGCUCUAGCAUCCCUAGGGAAAUCACAGAGAGGGAGCCUCUGGUCCUUACACAGUGCAUCUCAUCCCUCUGUCCAUAUAGGAAUGGCUGUCCCAGUAUAAGGUGUCUUCAUACAAAAGCAUCUCCCCAGUAGGCAGGUUGUAUUUCCAGGAUAACAAACGCAGCACAACCUUUGUGGGUAGGCAACCCUCCAGUCAUGCCCAUUCUUCCUGCUAGCAUUGGCAGGGGUUGUGACAAAAUAGCUACAUUACGUUCUGGAGACACUCCAGGGAAAUGUUCACUUUGUCCAUUGUUGCAAGCUGUGUAAAUUAUGAAAAUAAACCCCUCAAAUGCGAAAUUA